GGUGAGGGAUCGUGAGUCCCGACGAGUGAGUGUUUCAAAAAGGGCGCUUUGAAAGGCGUUACGGAAAAAUUCCGUUUGUUGGUUCGGUUAUUGGCUCGCGGUACGUCCUAGCACUGAGGGUAAGGCUGUGGAUGCUCCUACCUUUGUAAGGAGCACGCACAGGAGUCUGCUUUGUUAAAAGAAAAUGAACAUUAAUCGGAGGAGAUGGCCUCGGAGGGAACAGAUGCUGGCUAGUUCUCGAGCCGAUUCCCUUGAUGCUUCUUUGGUCUGCCAAAGGGAUGGCGUGAGCUUUUGGCUCCUUCCCAUUGGCUUUGCUGUGAAGGGUCUUAUUUCAGAAUCUUACCUGUUGUGGGCUUGGCUUCUGUUGAGCUUAUUUCACUUUGUCCCAUUGAGCAGGGCAUCUCUGGGAGCCUACUCAACAUUUAGGCAGCCGUGCUUCUUUUUGAACAAACCCUUCUUUUUAGUUUCCAUAACAAGAUCAAAUUAACCAAUGUGAAAAAAGUAAGUCUAACACGUACACAUACAUUAACAUAUGAAAAUAAGGUGAGCUUUUGGCAGAACAGUUGUUUGUACAAGGAGAGAGACCAACUCCAUCUGUCCAAAAAGCCCAACAGAAAGGGUAAUAACUGUGCAAACACAUUAAGCGUUCACAGUCCAAGUCAGUGCUGCUCUCCUGUUCCUGGGUUUUGAAAAAGAUUUGUCCUUCUGCUUACUGCUGAGAGAGAAUUGUGACCAAGUUAUCCACAAACACUGGAGGCACUCACUUCUUGUUCAAGGAGAGAAAAUGUUCUCACCGUUCUUAAAGCGCUCACUGAAUUCUAAUGGUUAGGGGAACUUAAGGCAAAUGGUGGAGGGAAUGCAGCCUUUCAACUUUGAGGAGAAUUGUUUUCAGUCAUCGUUCAGGGAGGAUUGAAGAAAACCUUGGAGCAAGGAGGCUAACUUAUAAAAAGAUGUGAGGUUAUAGUAGCCCAGGUAUCCCUCAGUGCAGGAGUACAAAUGCUUCAGGAGGUUUGUGGCCAAUAUUACUGCCUCUCAGUACAGCUGAAGAUGACAACAGACACAGGAGGGGAAGCUCUGCUAGUCUGGAUUGUAGUGGCAGGUAUAGCUUUGUGAAGAUAUGAAUGUAAAGGGUAAUCGGGAUGAUAGUGAUUGCCAGCCUGUGAUCCUUAGUCUGUUGUUUCUAUUUCACUGUUUUUGCUUCCUCUAAACAAAGACAGAUUCCAGUAAACUGAUAUAAAGUAGCUCACAGGAGAAGGGAAACAUCUUUGUACCUUGAGAAAGGAAUUAAUAUUAAUCAUUAAUGUCAAGUUUUGGGAAAAUUCUGGUGCGUAUAAACAUUUUGUUAGCAUGUGGGGGGAAAAAAAAAACAGGCUUCCUAUUCAUCUCCAAAGUGGAUUCAUCAAGAACCAAUAUGAUUUCUUCUGCAACAGAAUAACAACUUUUGUAGGGAAGGGAGAAAAGAAGAGCUCAUUGGUACUGGGGAUCUUUAGGAACAGCUUUCAGCAGGUCAGUCUAACUGGGUACAAGAGGAUAGAUGAGAGAAUCUUUAACAGUCCUUUCCGGGCUAUUUUUGUGAUCUUGUGAUUAUAAAUCUUCACCCAAAUCCCACAGAAGUAAUUCAUUAACUGAGUUUUGAGUUAUUUCUUGUAGUGGAUAAAAAUGGAAAGGGAAAUAUUUUCCCCCCAUAUUAAAGGCAUUUGCUGGUUGCCUUGAUGAGUAGCCAAGCAGAAGAACUCUUGCUUAACGUUUGAUGAAGUGCUGGCCACUUCAACAGCCAGCACACCAACCUGUUUUGAUGGAACCAUCCCUUUCUUGACUUCUGAUUGCUCAUACGUUUUUGCCUGGGACCCAUGACGUAUAAGGUUAUUUGUUUAUUCUUCCCCAUGUGCACAUACAGAGUAGUACUUUAACCUCAUUACACAUCUCAGAGAGUUGGAUAAUUACCAGCCUCUCACGACUAGUGCUUUCAUCACUCUUUCCGUUUGUAGUUUUAUAGGUUAACUCUGGCCUAUGGGAACCAUCUACAUCACUGUAAUGUUUAAUAUCUCACAAAGCAGUCUCUCUAAUUCCCUGCCAGGUCCAGGCCUUUGACCUACUUAAGCAGCUAUAGAAACUGUGAUCAACACUGAUCUGAUUUCCUCAGUAUUCAGCCUCAGUUGCAUAUUUUAUGUUAUCUAUUUUACUCUUUGUGGUUUCACAUAUGUCUCGGCUGGACUAGGGUAAGUGAUGUCACCAAGUCCUGUAAUGAAACAGACGUGACUGUGGAAUAUAGGAAGUAAAUUCUUCUCAGAUCUUUGUCAAUAUCUUAUCUUGCCCAAAAUGAAAGCAUUAAUCCUGUGCGUAGUUUAACUCCCAUACAACCCUGAAACACAUGCAGAAAUUGGUCACCUUGUUCCUUUCCUUCUUGUCCUCAUGGAUUUGUUCUUAACAUCUUGUCAGUGCCUCCUGCAGUGAGCACUGUUCUAUUCAUAGGGCUUUACCAUCACUCAGGUACUUACUCUCAAACACAAGCUCUAGAUAACUGCUACAUAUGGGAUCUUGAGGGACAAAUGUGCUCAAAUUCAUCAAGGAAGUCAAUUUGCUUGUGAAUUCUUUGCAUUCAGGGCUGCGCAGUCUCACUCUUCAUAGUCUAGAGAACAUUUGCUCCCCAGCAACUGGUUGGAGGGUGUCAUCUCUGCAUGUGUAUUUGUGAUGGGCUGUUAUGACAAAAGAGCUAAAGGAAACUUUCAGUAAUGUCAUGGUCAAGUAGGCACUCAGCUACCUCUCAACCAGAGCCAGUGUUAUUAUAAAAGCUGCAUUCCCCUUCUUCUGAGCCCCGAUCCCAUGAAGAUAGACUUCUGACUCCAGGAGAAAACCAUUUCCUCAGCUUUUAUUCUCAGAGGUAAAUUAUGCCCUUCCCGAUGUGCAUUGAGACUGAGGAGGACAGCUAUAUACGAGCUAAUCAGGCAUCAGAUUUGCAUUGCCCAUUUCAUCAUUAUUUCAUCCUCAGGGAUGUUGUGUGGUUUUGAUUGUUACACUGAAAAUCAUCAGCCAAAGAGAGCAACUGCUUUUACAGCAGUCACAGGAACUCUCUCACUACCCUGGUACACUACAGGCAGCAAAACUAAUACACGUUGUAUUUCCUCUCCUCACCACCUCACCUUCCCUCUGGAAUACAGCCUUACUUUGUUUCCCAUUUUUGUUUCAUCAUUCAUGAGUAUGGAGGAUCCUCUGGUCUUUGCAAUGCAGAUUACAAUCCAACAGCCUCUAAUGGAAAGUAUUAGCACCUAACCUCAUGCAGAGGACAUCUCAAACCACCCCAAUAGAAAUAGUUUUAUUUCCUGUAUGCACAUGAACACACAGUAUCUCACCUGCUUUUUUUCUGAUAAGAAAUAGUAAUGACUUUCCUAAUAUUUUGGUGGCAGCUAUUAGAAUAAAUGGAUUAGCAUAAAAUGAACUCUGUAAAAAUAAAUCUUAGUGCCUACAACUUCAUAGAAAAAAAGACAUUACUGAAGUUAGUUUACUGUUACAUUACUACUGAGAAAUCAAUAUGCUGUUAACAGAUUGCUAAACUGGGACAGAGAGCAAUGUCUACUCCAAGGUCAUCCCAUGAAUCUGAUAAGAGUUCACCGUAAAAGCUAAGAAUUUUGGACACUACUCCUUUUCUCUGAAGUGUUUAUUUGCUUUUGACUUCAACAUAAGAGAUACUUACUGGCAUACACAUCAUCUUGUUACAUCUUCAAAGCUCCAACAUGCUUUGGGGCAAAGGGGGAUAUUUGACUAGCCAUUGAUCUUAGAGUGAUUGUCUACAUGCUACCUUUCAGGCUGUUUGUACCACAUGUGCUUAACCCAAAUACUUUUUAUAGUGCAUUCUCUAUUAUCUUUGUCUAAUACUGCAUCUGCUUUUUUCUUUCCAUAAACAGCAACUCUGAAAACUGGAAUGUUUCAGGUUUUCCAAUCCACCUGGCUCAUUAUUGGAUGGGAAGAGGAGAAUUAAAAAAUCCUGGUGUGCUGCAUCUUGGGGAAAAGAGCUUUUGUAUUAUCUAUUUUGGGGCCCAUAAAAGAAUGGUUGGUGUUGAUCCACUUUCACCCUAAGGCAGACAAAUGCCUUCAUGCACAUAGUUGUGAGGGUGGCUGAUAAUGACAACAUUGAUGAACUUUAUAACUAUUAAUUUGCAACUCUGACAUGCAGCUUGCCUACCUGUUACUUUUGUUCAUAAAAAACUUCCAGGAAGUCAGAACCAGGACACGUACAAAGGCCUUUUGUUGCACUUCUUGUGGCAACAAGAACUUUGAUGAGGGUCUUGAUGGCAAUGAUUGCAUACUUCAGGUUGAGCAGGUAGCCCUGAUGGGUGUCUGGUCAUUGCAAUAGCUGUACAACUCAGUUUCCAUGCUUCUCCACAUUUUAACUGAGAAAAAUCCAGCCAGACCUUUGUGAUCCGAUUACUACUGUAAGAGGCAGCACAGAGGAAGCCUGUGCAAACACUCCUCUGCCUGGGCUAAUAUUUACAGCGCUGCACACUGCUCUUUACCGGACUGGUGACAGACAGCAGACACUCACAGCUCAUAUUAACACCUGUACACUACAGAAAUAUUAACCGAAAGUAAACAGCCCUGCAGAACUUAAUGUCCGUAUUCAUAGAAAACCAAACAAAAAGCCUCUUUCAUUUCCUAGCAUGAGUGUUGGUUCCCUAAACAGCUCUGGCUGCUUAUGGUUGAUGAUGGUUCCGAGCCUUGACAGCCAAAGCAGUUGCCUUUAGUUUUCUGCCUCUGUACCUGUAGUAUUUGGCCACUUAUGGUUCAUAUGGUUUUACUCUUUUGUUCCUACAAAGAAAACAUUCAAAUCUGCUCUUGUAUUUUAGCCUCAGAUUCACUCCCAGUGGGAAUAUCAGAGGCUUUUAGGUGUGAUAGAUAAAGAGUCAUAUAGCUCAACAUCUAGACUGCAUCUUCGGUUAAAAUAAUUCCCCUUAAAAAGAGUUAAACAACAAGAAAAAGGAAAAAGCAGAUCUAUGAUAAUGAUCAUUUAAAGGGAGUGAUUAGUAAGCUGAACAAUAGAGCUUCAAUCCAGAGAGACCUUGAGAAACAUGAGGGCUGAAUUAACAGAGAUCUUGCGAAGCUGAGAAAUGAGAAACAGAGCCCUGUAACAGGGCAAAGCUGACCCCAUGAAUCUGUUCUAGCUAGGAAAUGACUGGCUGAGAAACAGCCUCACGGGGAGGACCUAGAGAUUACCACAGACACAAGCAUGCUCUGAUCCUGAAUAAGACAAUCCACUCUGUACUAUAUUAGUAAGAACACAGCCAAAGGACUGAAAGCAAUUAUUUUUAUUUGCUUAGCACUCAUAAGACUACACCUGGAAUGCAGCGUGAAAUUCCCUAACCACAGAGUUCAAGGGGGGUAUGAAGGAACUUGCAGAGGGCUACCAAGAAAGUAGCAUGCAUCUCAAAAAGAAGUAAACUAAACUGUUUUUUUUUGCUUGGCAAAGGGGAGCUUGCUGUCAACCUACAGCUAUAGGAAGGUUCAGACCGGAUACUAAAAAAAUUAUUUUUGCCAGGAAUCUAGAAUCAUCAGUGGCUCUUCCCUUGUCUGUUGAUAUUGUGACAUUGUCAUAGAAGGCUGCUAGGUUGGUUGCAUGGGAAAUGCUGAGUCUCAGCCUGAACCACUGAUUGAGCACCUGGGGAAGGACCCGUCAGCCCUGGGAGCACAGGUGAAGGCAAUUUACCUGUGGGACAGGGAGGGGUGGAGCCUGGCUGCACUUCUCUUAGACCUCACUGAAGAGCAGACCCCCACUGGGGAAGGGUUUCUUUCUGGAGAUUUCUCUUUGGUGGAGCUUUCUCCUGUGGACCUCAAAUCUACUGAUGUGUUUGAGUAAUCUUUUCUUUAUAGUAUCUUUCUGUUGUGCUGGUCGUUCUAUCAUUGUGCUUCUGUUGUAGUACCUUUUGUAUUGCAUUGACCUGUCCAAUUGCUACAUUUGGUCAAGUGGGGUUUGCUUUUGGUGAAGCCAUACUGGUUCUCCCAGAUUGUCUUCCCAUCUUUCAUGUGCCUUAGCAUUGCUUCAUGGAGGAUCUGUUCUGUGAUCUUCCCUGACACAGAGGUGAGAACAACAGGUCAGUAGUUCCUAGGGUUGUUCUUUUAUGCCCUUUUUAAAAUUAGGUGUGAUGUUUCCUUUAUUUCCAGCUACCAGGGACUUCACCUGAUUGCCACAACUUCUCAAGUAAUGUAGAGUGGGCUUGGUGUCUACAUCAGCCAAUUCCCUCUGGACUCUGGGAUGGAUCUCAUUGGGACCUGUAGACUUCUGGAUGUUCAGUUUUCUCAGGUGGUCACAAACCUGAUCUUCAUUUACAGUGGGAGGGACUUUAUUUCCCUGAUCCUUUCCUACUAAACAAAAUAUUUGAGGGUUGCGUGGUGAGCAGUUAUUAGGGAAGUUAGAGGCAAAAAAACUGUUGAGUACCUCAGCCUUGUCUAUUGUUAUCAGCCUGUCUGUGUCACCUGUCUGUGUCUGUGGGGUAUGCUCUCCUGGACUCCUUUUCUGGUUGAGGUACCUGUAGAAGCCUUUCUUGUUCUUUUUGGCAUCUGUUGCCAAGUACACUUCAAGCUGGGCCUUGGCUUUCCUCAUCCCAUCCCUGCACAGCAUAGUUGCUUCCUUAUAUUCUUCCCAUGAUACCUGUUGUUUUCCCUGAUGGUGAAUUUUCUUCUUGCUCUUCAGUUUGCCUAGCAAGAUCCCAGUUCAGCCAUGCUGGUCUCUUGCCUGCCUUUCCUGACUUGCUACACCAGGGGGUGGAGAGGUCCUGUGCCCUGAAGAAAAUCUCCUGAAAGAUCUACCAGCUCUGCUCCACACCCUUGCCCAUGAGGACAGUUUCCAAGCGUGUUUUGUUGAUUAACUCCCUGAAGAGCUGGAACUUAGCUUUCCUAAAGUUUAGCUUCCUAGUUUUACUCUUCACCUGUCUCAUGUCCUUUUUAAGCAUGAACUCAACCAUAGCAUGUGUGGAGCAAAUAAAGGUGAUGACAGAAGUCUUUAUGUGAAAAAUAGGCGCUAUAGGAAAAGGUAUCAAAGAAAAAUUAACUCACCCCUCCCAGUAACAGUUUAGAGAAAGGGGCAAACUGAAGAAUGCACUCUUCUCCCGUUUGUACUCGUGCUGCAGGAGGAAAGGUGGAGGGAAGGGGAACCCGUGCAGACUCAGAUUGCACACGCGUUCCCAGAAGCAUUGCUGAGACAGAAAGGGUAGCUCCACCCCUGCCCCCCCACAAACACACCAGGCAGUCAUGUGUUCAUGUAUUGGUUCAAACUGUAACCUUGGAAUUCUACUACAGUAUGGUUGCUACAGCUCAGGCAGCCUCCAAUCCUGAUGUCAUCAAUCAGCUCAUGUACAUUGGUGGGCAACAGGUCCAGUGUUGCAUCCCCCCUCGUGGGGCUGUCAUUUACUUGACUCAGGAAGUUAUCCUCAUGCAUUCCAGGAGCCUCCUGGAUUGCUUACAGCUUGCUGUGCUACUUUUCCAGCAGAUCUCUGGGUGGUUGAAGUCCUCCAGUAGGAUGGGCACUUGUGAUUGUGGCACCUUGUGUAGCUGGAGGUAGGAAGCCUCAUCAACAAGCUCUGAUUGACCCGGUGGCCUGUAGUAGAUACCAAUCAUAAGACUCCCUUUGCUGCCUCAGUCUGUCACCCAUAGGCUUUCGACUUGCUCGUGACUGUUCAGGUUUUUUUGUUGUUGGUUUUUUUUUGUUUUGUUUUUUUGCAAAAAUGAUGUUGGUGCAAUGCUGGAAUAGGUUAUCUGCAGUUGUCAGAGAUGCAUUGUAUCCUUAAACAUUUUCAAAACCUGUAGGAAAAGCUGUAGCUAACUUUCUUUUGUGUUGGUGGUAGUACUGUCUUAAACAUAUGUUGGACUAGAGACUCUAUGAGGCCCUUCCCACCAACUAGUCAUGGCAAUGGUUAGAGUGCACAUCCUUAAGUGACAGAUUCUAGAGCAACCCAAGUAAUGAGCAGCUCUUAAGAAAACUUGUUUGUAAGAAGAAAGCUAAGAUUUUUCAGGAGAGCAAAGGAGCUCCUUCUGAGAGCACUGUUAUGCUACCUUAGGUCUCCUUAUUUUUUUCUUUUUCCAGAGACAAGAACAUAGAACAAUUAACUUUAAUAAUGUGUUCCACUAGAUUUUGAUUCAAAGUAUCUAAACGGUGUACUGUGAGAUCUACAAAUGCUGGCCUCUUGUUCUGAUCUUGAUAUAUCCAUGCUACAUUGUCAGAGCAGCUGCUUGCUUUGUCUUUCUUUCAAGUGAAGCAAAAUUAACAUGCAGAACUGUGGAUGUGGCAAUGGCAAGACAGAACCAGGAAAAUACUAUAGUGCCUUAGGGGUAGCAGCUGUUCAGAGGCACAUAUAUUGAAUAUUGUUUUAGAUCCCAUUAUCUUUCUGUAACACUAUUUUACUGUUUGUGUAGUUGGCAAGGUACUUAAACAGACAUGAGAAGAAACAAGUGACAGAACAUGUAUUAAAUUCUUUUCCCUUGAUUCCUUAGUAGCCCUACUUCUGCUUUCCAUGAGAAAAUUGGCUGGAUUUCCAUUUGCAUCAAACUAUGAGACAGAGGACUCCCAGGCACCCUAGUAGGAGAGAUCAGUGAUAAUGCUCUGCUGCCACCUUCAUCACCUUCAGCACUGUGUAAGGCAGCACUGGAGGGGGCAGUCUCCAGUGACUUGUAGCAGGGCUUUAUUUUCAAUAAUCCUGCCCCUUUUCACCUCUUUGCUUGUAAAGCAAAUGGGAAUAUGGCAGGGAAGCUGCACAGGGUCUAAUGUUUACUCUACAUCUUAUCAACAGCGUUACGUACUUCAGAGUCUACCAGGAAAGACCUAGGUAUGAGCCACUCCCACAUGGCAGGACUUUGGACUACAGCAGAGCUUUUGUGUCCAGAUGUCUCUACCUGUUCCGACCCUGGCAACAAGGCAUACGGCCUCCUGCUGUGAAUGGGCCAAUGCCAUCACGGCCACUGGUUGCGCUCCUGGAUGGAAGAGAUUGUACUGUGGAGAUGCCCAUCCUGAAGGAUGUUGCUACAGUUGCAUUUUGCGAUGCUCAGUCAACUCAGGAAAUCCAUGAGAAGGUACUGAAUGAGGCAGUAGGAGCUCUGAUGUAUCACACCAUUACCCUGUCUCGUCAGGAUCUGGAGAAAUUCAAAGCCCUCAGGGUCAUUGUGCGUAUUGGCAGUGGCUAUGACAAUGUUGACAUCAAAUCUGCUGCAGAAUUAGGCAUUGCAGUUUGCAACAUCCCUUCCUCCUCAGUUGAGGAGACUGCUGACUCCACCCUUUGCCAUAUUUUGAACCUCUAUCGGCGUGUUACUUGGCUACAUCAGGCUAUGCGGGAGGGGAAUCGAGCCUCAAGUGUAGAGCAGAUUCGAGAAGUGGCUGGAGGUGCUGUGCGUAUCCGUGGGGAGACUUUGGGCAUCAUUGGACUAGGCCGAGUUGGACAGGCAGUGGCUCUGCGAGCCAAGUCCUUUGGCUUCAACGUGAUUUUCUAUGAUCCCUAUCUGCCGGAUGGAGUGGAGCGAUCCUUGGGUUUACAACGAGUAGGAACCCUGCAGGAUCUACUAAUGCACAGCGAUUGCAUCACAUUGCACUGCAGCCUGAAUGAACAUAACCAUCACCUCAUCAAUGACUUCACUAUUAAACAGAUGCGCCAGGGCUGCUUCUUAGUGAACACAGCCCGAGGAGGUCUGGUUGAUGAGAAAGCCUUAGCACAAGCCUUGAAAGAGGGGAGAAUCAGAGGAACGGCCCUGGAUGUACAUGAAUCUGAGCCUUUCAGCUUUGCUCAGGGACCCUUAAAAGAUGCACCCAAUGUGAUCUGCACCCCACACACUGCCUGGUACAGUGAGCAGGCUUCAAUUGAAUCCAGAGAAGAUGCAGCUAAAGAGAUCCGCAGAGCUAUUACAGGUCAUAUUCCUGACGCUUUGAGGAACUGUGUUAAUAAGGAGUAUUUGCUGUUAGCAGCUCAGUGGUCUGGUAUUGAUCCUGCAAGUGUCCACCCAGAACUCAAUGGAGCUGCAGCAUACAGGUUUCCUCCAGGAGUAGUGGGGGUAACCACCCCUGGGCUACCAGAACCACCAGUAGUGGAAGGGAUUGUAGCUCAUGGGAUCCCUUCUGUUUCCCACUCUGCACCGCGUACCCCUUCCCCAGGAGAGACAAGCAAACUGGAUGCAGACAGAGAGAUUCCUGCUGAUCAGUAGCAGCAUCUUUAUCUUCUCUUCUCUGGCAGGAGGAAAAAAAAAAAAAAAAAAAGUAUCUUCUGCUAGGACUUUCUUUAACACCCUGCAGAGACCAUUUCCUGUUAAUGCAGGACAGGACAAUGCAUUUCAUUACUGGCAAACUUUAGGUCUUGCCUUUAUUUUUGUAACCCUUUUAGUUAUAAUCUCUCGGUGAAUCUUUCUCCUUCUCUGGGGCAGGGCAGCAGUGACCUUGCCUCCCCUUGGAAAUACUUGGUUUAACCAGUGUUUUUUUUCCUAUAUGUCUGCCUCAGUUGUCUGUGACAGGGAACUGUUUUAGUGCACUUGAAUAUAGAAGAGGUAAUGCCGCCUGAUCAGGGAUGGCCUUCAGUGUCCCUAACAACAGACUUCAGGGCAUGUUUUUCAGUUGUAGCAGUGUAAGCUCCUUUUGGCUGUACCUCUCAAAGUGUAGACAUGGGGAAUACCAGAAAAAGAUUAAUAAAUUGGAGAAGUUGUGAAUUAUCUGUAUUAUGAUGUCAGUAAAAUGCAACUUCAGCUCUGUGCAUUACCUUGCUUGUUUUAAUUAAGGCUUUCUAUGAGAACGGACAGCACAAGCAGUGCUUGUUCGUGACUGUAAGUUUUGUCUAUGCAGUACUAGGCCUGAAGAUAAAAAUAACAGUUUCAAAGUCAGCCUUGUAAAUAAUUUGAAAUGAAUUUAAAAAGUCAUCAAAUGUGUUCCCAUGGCCGCUGUGUUUGCAAGGCUUUGAAAUAAUUCACCUAUGUGAAUGUACCUCAGAGAAGACGAGAAAAUGCAGAAAUAGGAAAAAAUUGCACUGGGAGACAGCAAGUAGCAAUAAUUUGCAGCUGCGGUUGCUGGUUCCUUGCACACGUGUACCUCAGUCUAAUGACGCUGUUUAUUUGCAGAGUAUAUGAUGUUAAAAUUCUAAGCCGUGUUCUACAGAACUUUGUAGGCACAACUGCACCAAUUAGAAGUAACAGCAGUGCUAGUGACACUAGUCUCUGCUGAUGGAGAAAGCUUUUAAGGCAUGACCAAAUUAGUCUAGUUAGUGUAGCUCUGCUAGCAUAUGUUGCAUCUUCAGUAGAGGGCAGAGUCAAAUUGAGUUUUUUUUUUUAUUUUUACUAUCACAAGGCUUAUUCGUGUGGGAGAAAGGCUGUUCGCAUAGGCUUAUUCAUACAAAGGGGAAGAGAACACAAUUAUGUCAUCACCUGAAGCCAAGGCAGGAUUGUUACUCUGAAGCUUUUUCCUGUUUCUCUGUCCCAGACGAUUGAUUCAUGUAUUUGAGGGGGGGGUGGAGCCUUCAGCAAAACAGAUUCCCCAGCAGAUUUUCUUUAAUUCUAAAUAUUCCUUCCUAUUUCAUGUUGUUACACAAGGUGCUAUACAGGAGAGGCAUACCCUAUGUGUGGUUUUAUCUGCGUUGCUUGAUUCCUUUCGUGUGUCUGUGACUGGGAUCUGAAUAGGUGCGAACAGAUUUGAGGAGCAGGCAAAAUCAUCUGUUUAGGCUGUUUACAGUUGAAGAAGUUGAACAAAGCUUUCAGAGUAGCAAAGGUUUCAGGCUCUUCCCUGUUUUUAUGUUAUUCUCCAACACUGUGUUUAUAUAAUAGCUUACUAUCUAGCUUACUAUUGAUAUGGUGAAGUGAUUCAUUCCUUUCCCCAUAUGUGCCCGCCUGUCUGCACUGCCACCGCCCCUCCAACCACACAAAAACAACAACAACAAAAAAAUGGCAAUUCAAGAAAGAAAAAUAGACAAGAUGUAAGCUUCAGGUGUUCCUUUGCAGAUUUAACAUAUUUUAAAUGUUCAGCAUUAGUGAGAUAUUUGUUCUUUAGUGUCGAGUGUCUUUUUUUUGAUAAGGUAUUUGUAUUAGUGAAGGUUGGCUUCUGUGUUUCAUGGAUGAUGCUGAUUCUAAUUAAAAUCCAUAUACCUCCUUGGCUGCUCAGGUUUACCAGGUCAGACUGGGACUGGUGUUAGGCACAAGUUACAGGAGAAUUCUUCUGAAUGAAAGCUUAGAGCUCAGAAGCACUUCAGUUUGAGCUAUACCUAAAAUAACCAGCAGCUCUUUUCUGAUUUCUGUAAUUUUCAGGUAACCUACAUUUUGCAAACUGUUAACUCAGAAAGCUGUUCUUCUGACAGACAAAUGGGGGGGAAAUGUUUCAUUCAGGGACUGAGAGCUGAUCUGUCUAUUACUGCAUUAGGGAAGCAGUCUGUCCAUAACUACAGUUUCCUUAUUUGCUGUUAAAAAUUCCUUCUCUGCAUAGAGGUUCAUGUCUGCAGAUUAUUUUAUGGUGAUUCUAGUUAUGACCUUAGUGAGUACAGAGAAUCAGAGUACAUUCAUCUUCUCUAUUUUAGAGCACAAUGCAAGGUAGAUGUUUUUCAUUAAAGGCAGCAUAUCUAUCUAUCCACCUAUAUUUUUAAGGUCAGUCAGGCAGCUCUGUGCACUCUGAAGAAGAGUGGGAAGAUCUCAUUUAGGGGACAUUUUGAGUUUCUCAUUUUAUUUGGUGACUAGUAAAUGUAGGAGUAACUAAAAUGAUGUUGUAAGAAAUACUUCAUUAUGGGUACUGAGGAGUUGAAGCUGACAGCACUGGUGACUGUAUUUGUGAAUCUAGGCAUCCCUUCUCUCCUCUUAUGGGUGUAAUGUGACAGCAAUAGUGGCUCUGCUUUAUCCAACACCAUGCAGAAUGACUGGAUGCGAAGGCAACUUUUCCCUUGAUGAGAGCCUCAGCAGAAAAUGCCGAGGUAAAAAUUGAACAGAACCUUGACCAUGACCUCAGUGAAGGGCUCUCUUUGUGCUUGUAGAAUUACUCUGCUUGUAUGCCAUUUUUACCUCUGUGUGUAGACUAAACUUGCCAUCACCAGACCAAAGGCUGUUCUGAGCAGACAGCUCAUAGAAAGAAUGACCAGUACUGAAGUAUAGUGUGGUCUUCUCCAUCCCAUGAGUGCCAAGUCCUUUCAACAGCACCCUCUCAUGUGUGAUAAACUGACUCACAGCUCCUCCUCUUAACUUUAGUGCAGUAUACAAAAGUGGAAGGAUUUUUUUUUUUCCUCUUAAAAUACCUUCGUUCAGAAUUAGUGCAGAGCUUUAUUUCCAAAGAACAGAAGUUUCCUAGGGUGAGGCAGGAGUACCCUACCUUCACUAACCUGCUUACAGGAGGUGCUUAUACUGUCCCAAGGUACAUUCUGUUUGUCAGGGUCACUGCUGCUGACCAGCUUUUUUAUAGAGGACUCAGAGUUUCAGAAAUAUAUUUUUGUAGACAAUAACUAAACUGUGAAACAUUGAAAUAAAGCAUGUAAAACAAAAGCUUACAGCACUGUCCUCUGUACAGAUGUUUCUUUCACUUCAGUUCUCUCCUGACUUAUUAGAUAAUGUUUGACUACUUCUUGGAUAUAUUUUAAUAAACUUCUCCAAAGAAUGUG